UCAAGCACGUGCGUACCUGCGUCGCUGGAGACGAACAAACUGCGAGAGAUAGUGAACCACUGUCAGGACUUUGCUGGCUUUCACGAGGAGUUGGCAGACGAUAUGAAGACGACACUUGCACGCAACGGCACCCAAGAUGUGGCAUAUCUGUUCUUGGAACGGAUGGAUCAUUUCCGCGGCAAGCAUCUCAACUAUGUGCGGCUAGUGUUUUGUGCGAUGUUUAUUGAGAUGUGGAAACAAAGCCUGCAGAAGACCUCUGACGAUGGCCGUGACGGUCUGCGAUCGUUAUGGGACACACCUGGGUCAGGUGAGCUGGUGCUGUACAAUGCUAUGUUAGGGU